UAGGAGGCGUCGGCCAUUUUGUGGGCGAGCGUCGCUGUUGCUGUUGUAGCCGCCGCCGCAUCCCCCAUCCCCCCCCCAGCCGGGUCUUCUCUGCCCUCCAGGUUUCGCCGGUUGUUUGCAUUUUUCCCUUUCUCCCCACUGCUGAACCUGAGAGAAUCCCGGGCGAACCCAGCCGCGGCCUUUUCCCCCCAAGCAGCGCCCAGCCACAGAAGCGCAUGUCCACUAUCCAGAACCUCCAAUCCUUCGACCCCUUUGCUGAUGCAACUAAGGGCGACGACUUACUCCCGGCAGGGACUGAAGACUACAUCCAUAUAAGGAUCCAGCAACGAAACGGCAGAAAGACAUUAACGACUGUUCAGGGGAUUGCUGAUGACUAUGACAAAAAGAAGCUUGUGAAAGCAUUCAAAAAGAAAUUUGCCUGUAAUGGUACUGUGAUUGAGCAUCCUGAAUACGGGGAAGUGAUCCAAUUGCAGGGUGACCAGAGGAAGAAUAUUUGCCAGUUCCUCUUAGAGGUUGGCAUUGUUAAGGAGGAGCAACUGAAAGUUCAUGGCUUCUGAAAUGUGUGUACUUACCUGAAGAACUCUACAGGUUUUGUUCUACCAAGUUGGCUAUUCUGUGAAAUAUGAUUCUUUGUAGUAAAUGGACUUCCCAUUCAAAAUCUGAUUUGCUUUUGCAUGAUUACAGAAAAGAUAUGGGGUGUAGACUAGAAACACAUAAGAAAACUGCAGUAAGAUGGUAACAAGAGGUGCUUAAGAAUUUUAACGCAUUUCCAAUGGAAAUGUUCUACUGCUGAUAGUUCAGUGUAUUAUUUUUCAUCUGAUUUAAAUGUUGUAUUAAAACCAUGUGUGUUGCAGCUUAAAUAAACUGUCUCUUAUCUUAACCAUUUGACUGUAGAAUGCAUUAUAUACUUCAGCCAGUUUAAGCUUAUAAGCAGCUUUUUAACUACAUAGCUGAUCAGGUCAAACUUCAAAAGCUAAUACAGUAGUACAGCUAAAUUGACUUAAAGUUUUCAAGAAUGUUACUUACCAGCCAGAGAUUCAGUGAAAUAGAAACUACUAUCUAGUUCUUGCAUUUAUGAGAAAUAUAUUGGAUAAAGUCCAGCUAAUAUCCAAGAAAUGCUGCCAUUGCUGGGGCUUGAUAUGAGACUCAUUCCUAGAUAGUGUUUGCAAGAACUCAAACCAUUUUGAUGUGAGGCUUCAUAAAAUUUCCCAUUAUAAGUACAGAACUGCAGUUCUGCAUUCUAUACAUGGAGUUACAUGAAGUCUUACACUCAGAAUGGUUUGCAUUAAAGCUACUAUGAUGGUUUUGCACAACCCUAUUCCAGAUCACUACAGUAUAUUGUAUUUCUAACAAAACUUCUCUACUACUUAUGCUACUGAUAGCGUAUCAAUAAACUUCUUUGCACUGUUA